GGGAUCCGGAAGAGGUCGCCUUUCGGUGCGGAAGUCGGCUCGCUGGAGUCAGCGCCGUGAGCCGCCCCGCGGCUGUGGGAAUAAGAUGGCGGGGAAGAAGAGCGUCCUGUCUUCUCUGGCAGUUUACGCGGAAGAUUCAGAGCCCGAGUCGGACGGCGAGGCUGGAGUGGAGACGGCGGGCAGCGCGGCUGAGGAGAAAGGCGGAUUGGUAUCUGAUGCCUAUGGAGAGGACGAUUUUUCUCGCCUCGGGAAUGAUGAAGAUGGCUAUGAGGAAGAGGAGGAGGAGAACAGCAAACAAUCGGAAGAUGACGAUUCAGAGACUGAAAAACCUGAGGCUGAUGACCCAAAGGUGGUCACUCGUGUCGUUGAGGCGUUUUUUGGAAUAUUGAAUUCCGCAUUUAAACUGGAGUACACUCAGAGGAGCGAAAGCUUCAAGGAUAACCCAGAAGUAGAAAAGCGGGAUCCGCAGGAAUUAGUUGCCUCCUUUUCGGAAAGAGUCCGGAAUAUGUCACCUGAUGAAAUCAAGAUCCCGCCGGAGCCCCCGGGCAGAUGUUCAAAUCACCUGCAGGACAAGAUCCAGAAGCUGUAUGAGCGGAAGAUGAAGGAGGGAAUGGAUAUGAACUACAUGAUCCAAAGGAAGAAAGAGUUCCGGAACCCCAGCAUCUACGAGAAGCUGAUCCAGUUCUGUGCCAUUGAUGAGCUUGGCACCAACUACCCGAAGGAUAUGUUUGACCCCCAUGGCUGGUCUGAGGACUCCUAUUACGAGGCAUUAGCCAAAGCCCAGAAGGUUGAAAUGGACAAAUUGGAAAAGGCCAAAAAGGAGCGAACCAAAAUUGAGUUUGUGACAGGCACCAAGAAAGGCACCACCACCAACGCCACGGCCACCACCACCACCACGGCCAGCACAGCUGUUGCAGAUGCUCAGAAGAGAAAGAGCAAGUGGGACUCGGCCAUCCCAGUGACAACCAUAGCCCAGCCCACCAUCCUCACCACCACGGCCACCCUGCCCGCUGUCGUCACCGUGACCACCAGUGCCAGCGGCUCCAAGACCACCGUGAUCUCUGCCGUGGGCACCAUCGUGAAGAAGGCCAAGCAGUGACCCAGGCACCGGCUCGGGGGGGCUCGGACAUUCCUUCCCUUCGAGGGGGGAGCCGCUCCAGGGCUUGAUCAGAGAUGAGACUGCGCCCAGUGACGCUGCCGCGGGGCGCUGCCGCGGUGUGUGUCUCAGGACUGGGACCGCUCCGAGGCCACCCCGCGAGGAGCCUCUGUGGCCUUCCAGCCAAAAGGAUGUGGCUGCAGAGGCGUGGGCUGUGGACAGGGUCCUCCCGCCGCCCAGGCCCAUCGCCCUAUUAAAAGUGCGGUGUUCUUGCA